UGCGCUGCAGAGAUUAAAUACAAAAAAAAACAAAAAAAUGUCUACGCUCCAACUGGAAUUUUCGCAGGCCAUGGCCGAUUUCAAGAAGAUGUUCCCCGACAUCGAUCGCGAGGUGAUUGAGGCCAUACUGCGGGCGAAUCUGGGCGCCGUGGAUCAGACAAUAGAUGCCCUAUUGGCCAUGUCGAUAGAUAAUCAGAACGAAAAACUGCGCAAUGAACUGGAUGCUAAUGUCUCCCCACAACAGAGUCUCAUCAAUCUCAACGAUUCGGACAAAGACCUGCGGCGCAAUGUCCAGCUCGUUGACACCACGGAUGGCAUUGGGGACAGCGGUGCAGCCACCGCAGCAGCCAGUGCUGGCGCAUUGCUUACCGCCACCGCCAGCGCAUCGCCGAAUCAUCACAACACUGGUGCCUCGCCCAAGAUGCGGCCACUGGCCACCUCCAACAGGAUCAAUAGCCAGAACAACACGCCCACAAAGAGGAGUCUGAGCAGCAGCAGCAGCACAGCCCGUCGCUGGAACCCACCCAUUCUGGGUGUGCUUCCGCCAGGCUUUCUACGCAUUGCACCUGCUGCUGGACAGCAGGACUUCGAGCUGCCCGACGAGCAGUUUGCAUUGAUGCUGCAGAACGAGGAGUUCAUGAAUCAAUUGCGCUGGAAUCAAGACUUCAUGAACGCCCUCGAGAAGGAGCAGACGGGCAAGACCAAGGGCGAGGACGAUGCCCCGUUUCAGGAGCGUCUCAAGAACAUGGGCAAGAUGUCGCGCAAGAAAUUCCUACAAAUGGCACGCGUAUUUACCUGGCAGCGCAAUAAAAAGGUGACCACCGCCAAGCAGAUCGACUCGCUACCGUUGCGCGAGGAGCCCAGCGACGAUGAGGAUCAUCACCAUCAUCAUCAGCAGCAGCAACAACAACAACAACAACAGCAGCAGUCGAGCCAAUCGCAAUCUCAGCAACAACAGCAGCAGCAGCAGGGCCAGUUGCAGCUGCGAAAGUGAGGCACGUACGGGGCAUCCAGCAUUUUGUUAUCUUAUCUCAAUGGCCAUACCGUGAUGAUCACGAGCGCUAGUAAUCUCCUUUAAAGUAAUCUCUAAGCAAGAACGAAAUCUCCUCCCAAUCUCUAAAAAAAAGAUGCGAAAUAAUUGUAUUAUUCUAGUUUUUAAACACCGCCCCAACCCCCUUACACAUCAUAACCAAAAGUGCAAUUUUUACCCCUCGUAAACAUACCAGUGCAAUAUCUCUCACCUUUUUUACAAUAUGAUUUGUGUACCUACAUUUUAUUUGUUGCCAAAUUAGCUAAAUUAAGUUUUAUUAUUAAUUUGUAAAGAAGAUACGAAACGGGGCGUUCUCUUUAGAGCCCCCACCUAGAGUUUGCAGCACACACAAA